ACGACGGCCGCCGCUUUCUCCUAUCGCUCUACCUGCCCUCGACUGUUGCACGCCAUGUCGACCUCAGUCCUCAUCUCGACCUUCUCUCCAUUCCCUACCCUGGCUCUCUCAGUCCCCUCUGAGACAUCCUUCUCCGAGCUUUACGAGGUUCUUGCGGAACGCUACCCUUCGCUUCCUCUUCAUUCCGUGGCUGCGGACCUCGUUCUCUCCACCACCACCGGGCCCGUCCCGGAACCAUACACCUCGCUUGCAUCUCUUAUUGACGAUGAAGCAGACGGUCACAGCCUCCUCACAUUGCGCCUCGUGCCAAGGCUUCGCGGUGGCAAGGGCGGUUUCGGCUCGCAGCUGCGUGCUGCCGGAGGGCGCAUGAGCAGCCAGAAGACGAGCAAUAACGAUUCUUGCAGAGACCUCAGUGGGCGGCGGCUGAGUACUAUCAAGGAAGCCAAGAAGCUUGCCGACUACAUUGAGAGUGAGCCCCUCCGCAAGAAGGCUCUCCAGGAGGCACAGAGGGCGAAACUGGAGGCUUUGGAGAAGAAGCUCGGUAUCACGCCUGGUGGCUCAUCUUCGCCUCCGGACCCCCUCGCGGGCAAGAAGCACCGGUUGGAGGAUACCGAGUACAUCGAGCAGAGCAAGGAUAUAGUGGAGAACGUCAAGAGCGCGGUCUCUGUCGCCAUGCUCAAGAAGAAGAAGAAGGCGAAGAUGGCCCACAACCCUCCCGCUGAGGCUUCGUCUGGCGCAGUCGCCUCGACUAUCGCCGCGGUGUCCGCCGUCACGGAUAAAGUACUCGAAUCGUCUCCAGUUGCGGCUGCCACUGCCGCAGCUGUCAGCGUAGGGAGUGCUUGAGCGUGUGUUGUAUUGUUAUGUUCUGCACAUGUGUAUAUGUAUGCUCAGGAGGUAAUGUAAUGGUUCAC